GGGCGUGUGCGUAGAGGACGACCAAGCACAUCAGUUCAUUGUCGGCAUUGAAGAUUCGGCUUCAGGACCAAGGAGGCUCGCGGGAAAAAGUAGACUUUUCCCCGCAAACAACCUCGCAUCGUGUUUAUUCGUGGCGAAAAUCGUUAACAGUCGUCAGCCAUGAAGUUGCUGUGGGCUCUCGCUGCCCUACUUUUGUGCUGUUGGCGAGCCGACGCGUCCACAGCGGGUUUUAUAAAAUCCCCCCUCUCUCAGAUCAAACUAAUCAACGACAGUGCGGAGCUGCACUGUGAGGUAGUAGGGAACCCCAUUCCUGAGGUGCAGUGGUGGUUUGUAGAAGGCGAGGAGUCCAAUGAGACGCUCACCCAGCUGUUCGAUGGGGCACGAAAUGAGCGCGUCAGAAUAAAUGCCACAUACAUAGCUCACGCCGCCAGCACCAUUCACCUCCUCAGCCUCACUCUUGACGACACGGGCACAUACGAGUGCCGCGCUUCCAACGACCCCGACCGCAAUGAUCUGAAGAAGACGCCCAAAAUCAAGUGGAUCCGCUCGCAGGCAAACAUUAUUGCAAUCGAAAGCCCACAAAUCAAUGUUGAACCUUCUGAGGUCAGCAACCAAACCUCUGCCAUUCUCACCUGCAACUUAACGGAUUCCACCCUUUCCAGUAAGGGUUCCUACUGGACACACAAUGAUAAACCCAUUGAAAAGUCAAGGUCCUCUUCUUCUAACUAUGCUUCAUACAAUUUGGAGAAGAUCACCUAUCAUCAGUCUGGACGCUAUGAAUGUGUGUUUGAGACUGACCCACUAGUGAAGCGGGUCAUUGAGGUGAAAACACUUCCUUAUGUUGGAGCCUAUAAGCACUCGGAGCACGGUAAUGAGAAUGACAAAAGUGUGCUCACUUGUGUUGCUCAUGGUCACCCCCUUCCCACUGAUUGGAUGUGGUAUAAAGAGGAGGGCAGCGAACUAAAGGCUAUUGUUAAUGGCACUCAGAGAUAUGAGAUCAAGAGCACCCCUAACAAGACCAUGCUGACCAUUGAAGACCUGAACAUUGAGUCUGACGGUGGAUACUACUUCUGCUCUGGAAACAAUGAACUUGGCCAAAACAAGGACAAGAUCUUUCUCCGUGUCCGGAGUCGCCUGGCUGCUCUCUGGCCCUUCCUGGGCAUUGUGGCCGAGGUCAUCAUCCUUGUGACGGUCAUCUUCAUCUAUGAAAAGAGGAGAAAGCCCGAUGACGUCACUGAUGACGAUGACUCAGGAGCUGCUCCUCUGAAGAGCAAUUCUACUGCAAACCACAAGGAGAAGAAUGUGAGGCAAAGAAAUGCAAACUAAGAAAAUGAAGGAGAUGGAUGUCAAGUUGGCACUCCAGGAUUCAACUGUUGUGUGGCACAUUAUAUUGUGCAAUACAAUUUUUAAAGUACCUUUUUUGUGCUUGAGUGUUGAUGUUUUAGGAGAAUAAUUUUCCUUUUUUUUUUUUUUUUUUUUUUUUCCUUUUUUAUGCUUAAAUUUUUAACAUUGUGCAGGCAGGAUGUAGUGUGAAACAACCCUUUCUGCUUGAGGCCAUGAGACAAAUAUUGCAUGAGUUUUAAAGCUGUUCUAGCCAAGCGUGUGGUGUAAAAAAUUACAUGAGAAUGCAUAGUUUUGUGAUCUUCAGUUUUUUUUAUGCUCAAGCUUUCCUGCACAGGACUAACAUAAAGCCACAUUUCAUUCUCUGAUUUGGAACACUCACUUGUGAAGAAGCACAAGUGAGUGUACUUUUGAUCCAGAUAGUUGCCAUCCUUGUUUUAAAACAUACAAGUUUACUGGAAUUCAUGUAUGAUUUGUUGCAACCCCUCAAACGUUGCUCUGCAGAGUUUUACUUUGCCUUAAACUGCUUUUCAUGUGGGUUCUUUUUUUCUUUCCUUCAUUCUUUAAAAACCUGGAAACAUUGGGUUAGAUCUGAGGCUUUAAAUUUACUUCACAAUUUACUAACAUUCAAUUUGUGACUUUUUAUUUUUAUUUUUUUAAAGAACAGCAUUUAGUAAUGUUUUAUUUUGUUUUCCCCUCAGAUUAAAAUUGGGGCACAUGUUGUUGCUCAGUUAACCACCCCAGUAUAAGAGGAUUAUUUUGGACCAAGUGCAAAAUAUUUUAGGUGUUGCACCAGUGCAGUGCAACUUCAGCAAUGUGCACGCAUUAAAAAAAAAAAAAAAUACUACUGAAUUUUUUUUCCUCUUUGCUUCUUGUGAUCUGAAACAGUUAUCUGAUUGUUGAAUGGUUUUCUGUCCUCUUCACUGUGUAGAUAAUCCAGAAGCCAUAUAUUCCAUUUAACCUGAACAACGUGGUGAUUGAAUGUUACAUUAUAGAGUUUCAAGAUUUAAAGACUUAGCCAGAAUUGUGUAAAGUGCUGUACCUUCCAUCAACGUGGAAUACCAUUCUUUGUACAACUUGCACAAACUGAAAUAAAGAUAUUGAAAUUUAAAACUG